AUGUUUGAUUUUAGUUAUUACACAUUUUGAAUACUAUUUGUUACGGUGAAGCGUUUUAAUUUGAAGGAGGUCACCGGAACACCGCCUCAUUGUAAGAAGUCUCCAGUAACGAUCACCGGUUUCAUCCUUCGUUCUCUCAGCUCUUCAGCUCUUCUUCUACUUCCGUCAUGGCGCCCACUUUGGGCUUUUUUCCUGUCGUCACGUUGGUGGUGCUGUCCGGUUUUCCCGCCGCUGUGUCCUCGCGAAGGGACGUGCUCGAGCUCGGGGACGCGGACUUCGAUUACCUGGCAACAGAGCACGAGACCAUGCUGGUGAAAUUCUACGCUCCUUGGUGUGGUCAUUGUAAGAAAUUGGCCCCAGAGUUUGAGAAAGCAGCUAGUCGACUGAAAGGAAGUGUUCAAUUAGCAAAGGUGGACUGUACGACAAACUCUGAGACAUGCAGUCGUUUUGGGGUCUCAGGUUAUCCCACCUUGAGAAUUUUUAGGUAUGGCAAAGAUUCCGCCCCCUAUGAUGGUCCUCGCACUGCAGAGGGGAUCUACGAGACCAUGAGGAGGCAGACUGGUCCAGACUCGAUGCACCUGAAGACCAAAGACGAUCUGAAGGCCUUUGUCAAUAACCAUGACGCCAGCAUUGUAGGUGUGUUCUCAGGUUCGGACAGCCCCCGUCUGGCUGAGUUCCUGAAGGCAGCCACUCUACUCCGAGAACAGUUCCGUUUUGCUCACAGCACCAACCUGCAGCUCGCCGAAGAGCAUGGGGCCAACUCAGAAUGUGUGCUGCUGUUCAGACCUCCCAGACUCGCCAAUGCUUUUGAGGACAGCAUUGUCAUCUUCAGAGACUACCUGACCAUCGGCUCACUGCGGCGCUUCAUCAGAGAUCACAUCUACGGUCUGUGUCCUCACAUGACAAUAGAGAAUAGAGACCGUCUGAGAGUCCGGGACCUGCUGACGGCGUACUACGAUCUUGACUACCAUCACAACAUCCCCGGCUCCAACUACUGGAGGAACAGGGUAAUGAAGGUGGCGUCUAAGUAUGUUGGGCGGGGUCUAACCUUCUCUAUAGCCAAUAAGAAAGACUUCCUGUUGGAGCUGGAGGAAGACUUUGGAAUGGGGACGUCAGAUGGAGGGGAGCUGCCCUUUAUCACCAUCCGGACCCGACUGGGUCACAAGUACACCAUGAGGGAGGAGUUCACGAGGGAUGGUGCGUCUCUGCAGAGGUUCCUGGAAGAUUACUUUGCAGGUCGACUCAAACGUUACAUCAAAUCAGAACCGAUACCUGAAAAGAACUCUGGGGCUGUCAAAGUGGUGGUAGCAGAGUCCUUUGAUCAGGUGGUGAAUGACCCGGAUAAAGAUGUUCUGAUCCAGUUUUUUUCUCCGUUGUGUCCUCACUGUAAGAAGUUGGAGCCGGUCUAUGGAGAGCUCGCUGAAAUGCUGCGCUCUGACCCCAAAAUCGUCAUUGCCAAGAUGAACGCCCUGACCAAUGACGUCCCUCUGGGUUACGACGUCCAAGGGUUUCCCACCAUCUACUUUGCUCCAGUAGGCAGGAAGGACGAACCCGUCAGAUACCAGGGCACCCGCGAGCUCAAAGACUUCCUCCGGUUCCUCAAGCGAGAGGCAAGUCACAGCUUGGUGUUGAGUGGCUUCAAAGAUGAACUCUGACACCCCCAACAGCGAGGAGGAGAGCCUGAAUCUGGAGAGCCUGAAUCUGGAGUGCCAAUAUCGGACAUUACAUCAGGACACUCGUUGCAUCAAAUCAAAUCGCUCACUCAUCCCUGAAACACACCGCUAUUAAUCAUGCCAUUGUCAGCCUCGUUAUUUAUUUAUUUAUUUAUUUAUUUACUUACUUAUGUGUUUGUUUGUUUGUUUAACUUCAGUCGACCUCCUUUCGUGCACAAACAGGUUGCAGAUGUUUUUCUUCUGUUUUUUGGGACAAUAAAGUUUUGUAUGAAUUUCAGAGACUUGGACAGGUUUGUGCUCGUUCAGGCCCACAGCUGCUUUAAACCAGUACAGCUUAUCGACCUGUCGUCCCAAUAUGCUUUAGGCACAUGUGAUGUCAGUGGACACAGGUAAACACACUCAUGGGAAUAUCCACGUGUGUUUUCAGAAUGCAAAUCAGUCAAAAUUGAUUCUCAGCUUGGUGUACAAAUAAGUCACAAGAAAUGCAGAAAGUGCUACAUGAGCACAAGUCCUGAGUCUCCUCAAUGAAGGAGACAUUCACAAUCAGCCUGUUAGAUAUAAGCAUAAUUAAAAUCACAUAUGACUGCUCACAUUAUUUGCCACAUUUAAAUGACGGUAAUCCCACUUUUUAUUGUAUUUAUGGCUGGUUGGUUCUUGGAACCAACUCUCUGAUGCAUUCAUGAGUCUAAAUGUUACAUAGAGUAGAAAAGCACUGUAGUCCAUUUUCCUUUGGUUUCUGCUUUGAGAAGUACUUAAUAAAAAUGUUUUGGGAACCCUGGUCAAAAACACCCCCUCCUCCCAUGCAGCUUCAAUAAAUAAAACUAUUUAUUCACCUCA